GAAAUUUCAAAAGUGUCGAAAGCAGAAUUCUUAGCCAAAGCAUCACAGUGGCAGGAAGGAUUGACAUUAAUUAGUUUUCUGCAGCUAGAAACGUAAUGCAGCACCAACGAGGGCAGGGCCCACUGCAUACUUCGAGGCGCAGGUGGAACAGGACCAGAUCCAGCGACAGGAAUGGCAUGGGCAGCGAGGGCGGUGGCAGGAGCCCCAGCAGUAGAACCUAUCACCUGCCAGCCUUGUUGAUUAUCCUGCUCGUCCUAAUCCAGAACUUUGAGCUUCACAUGUGCCGGCAAUUGAUGAGGCAGCCAAAUGACAAACGCUCCAAGGACAAGCUCUCCUUCCUGGGCAGCGCUGCAGCCUCGGCCCAGGCAGCCCUGCCCGAGGCUUUGGCUGCAGAUGAUAAGCGAACUGCAGGAAGGUCAUCUCCCAGCCAGCCCGAGGAGAUAUUCAGUGCCCCGACCGACGAUAGCUACGACGAGUACCCGAUGGUUGUACCGAAGCGUGCUGCUCUACUCCUGGAUCGUCUGAUGGUGGCUCUGCACCAUGCCCUUGAACAAGAACGCGGUGGACAUCGAAUCGGUGACUUCUAUGCGGACAAGAACAAUCUGAAUGUCAAGUUGAGUGAAUACAAGAACGGAUUGGAGGAGCACCAACCAGGGGAUCAGGAUGGGGUCAAUCUGCAUAUGUAUAGCGAUGAUGAUCCGGGCGUAAUGUUGGAUUAUGAUUUCAAAGAUUUGAAUCAGAUCAAUCGCGCCACCGGCGAAACAUUAAUGGCAAAGAGCUUUCAGAGAAGAGCCGGUGCGGAAUCGGAGCGAACCGGAUCGCCCGCCACCGCCGCCACUGGUUCCCCCACUGGUUCCCGGCGCAUACACCCAUCCCCCCAUGGCACUGGCGGUGGUCGCAUGUACUGGCGUUGCUAUUUCAAUGCCGUCAGCUGCUUCUAAUUUACCAUCAAUACCAUCAAAAGUGCAGCUCUGGAGUGAAACGAUACGAUCUCCAAACAGAUCUCCAGAGAGGCCUUCUGUUUUGGAGACAGUUUCCGUUUCCCCGUUUUGGUGGCUGCUGUGAGAGUUGUUCGCGCAAUUAACUGAAAAAAUCCCAACAUCCAAUUCAAGUUCUGUCAUUUGUAUCUAGAGGUAUCUGUAUCUUGUAUCUGUAUCUGUAACUGUAACUGUAUCGGUGUAUUUGUAGCUCUGUUUAUCAAUGGAACUCACUGUGAAACUGCGUUAUAAAUAAACCACAAAUGAUAAAUCC